AAGAAAUUUUUGUUAGAACCGGCGAGAAGGAUUAAUUGCCCUUUUUUAACACUAUUGCUGGUAAAAAGGAUUGCCUGUGGUAAGUAAAACGGCUCGCUACCUAUAACAAACGCGGUGCAAUCCGUCUUCCACUCCGUUCACGACAGAACAUUCGGGCAUCUUGUGGAUUGUUUUGAGCCUCCCGCAACCAAGAGCGGCAUCCAUUGGCGUCAUGUCUCACACCAUCCUUCUGGUGCAGCCGGGGCGAAACCCGGAAACAAGGACCUACAGCGACUACGAAAGCGUCAACGAGUGCCUGGAGGGAGUGUGCAAAAUCUACGAAGAGCAUCUGAAGCGCCACUAUCCGAACACACCGACCAUUACGUACGACAUAAGCCAGUUAUUCGAUUUCGUUGACCAGCUCUUUGACCUAAGCUGUUUGGUGUACCAAAAAUCAACCAACACAUACGCGCCGUACAACAGGGAGUGGAUCAAGGAGAAAAUCUACGUCCUGCUGAGGCAAGCGGCCGGUAACACCGAAUAACCAGGACCCGCGUCAGCACAAACGAACGGCGAGCAAACAUGCGGACGAACAAUGGAUAUCUCUUGCACUAAAGUAAUGCAUUAAAAGUUGCUCUGUUACACAGUUCGAUAACACCUGAAAAGAUUCAAUGGAUUUACCUGCGGCAGCAUAUGAAAGGCUGGAGUGGCACCUUAAGCGAUGGAAUGUAGAGCAAGGUGUCAAUAACGAAUUUCACGAAUAAAACAGCAUUUUUG